AUGUAUUGGGUCGUACUUCAUUUGUUCAUAUACCAUAUCUUACAGAUCGCCGCAUUGGGAGAUAGCCAACAUGGCUCACAGCCAACGGUCACAUUGAAGAAUGGCACGGUUAUUGGGAGUAGAAAUGACCUGGAAGGGGUCCAGCGAUUCCUGGGUAUUCCCUAUGCACAGGCACCGAUAGGACCGUUGCGACUACAGCAGGCAGUGCCCCUCAACUCAUCAUUUGGGACACUGAACGCAAGUAGUAUGGGACCAGCGUGCUACGGAAAGUCCAACUCGAAGUACCAGCAGAGUGAGGAUUGCCUUACAUUGAACAUCUGGCGGCCCGAUGAAGUGGGAAGAAAGGCAUCUUCUCCACUUGUACCGGUUUUUGUAUGGCUCUAUGGAGGUGGUCUCACAGGCGGAUAUGUUGGAGACCUACGAUUUGACGGAUGUAAUAUCGCCAAACUAUCAGCCCAAAUCAAAAAGCCAGUGAUAUUUGUGUCAAUUAACUAUCGCGUUGCAUCGCUAGGCUUUUUGAACGGACGCCAAAUGGCAGAGCUCGGCCUACUGAACAUCGGCAUGCUGGAUCAGCGACGGGCAUUACAUUGGUUGCAGGAAAAUAUUGCCUCCUUUGGGGGAGAUCCCAAGAAAGUAACGCUUUUCGGAGAAUCAGCUGGAGCUGUUUCUAUUUAUUCCCAUAUGAUGGCCUAUGGUGGUCGUGACGACGGCCUAUUUCGAGGGGCCAUUCUAGAGAGUGGGGGAGCAUUUCCCCUCACGUUGCCAAAUACGACUUCAUUCCAGCAGACGUUCGACAGCUUGAUUACAAAUACCUCCUGCUCCACGCUGGCUGAAUCGUCUGCAGCUGAACAGCUGGACUGUAUCAGGACCCUUCCAAUCGACACGUUUCUUUCCAGCGUUGGCGAUAAAACAGGCCAGUCAAUUGACGGAACCUUCACGACUACAUCUGUGCAGUUUGCAUUUCCAGCAGGGAAUUAUGUCAAGGUUCCUACGAUUGUCGGGACGAAUACUGACGAAGGGACCACGUCGGCUCCAACUGGGAUCAACUCCACCGAUGAAUUGACAGGCCCCUUAGCUGAUGGUUAUUUUCGGCCGGAAACUCUCCCUGACUACGUCGUGAAAGAUCUGCUAAACCUUUACUCGAAUGAUCCCCGGGAAGGAUGUCCAUAUAAUACAGGAGAUAUUAUGCUUAGUUCGGGCAUAUUAGACAAGAAAGCUUGUUCAAUAUUCGGGGAUAUUGUGCAGGUUGGGCCAGCACGCAUGAUCGCCGAAGCACUUGUCCAACACAACGGAGACAAUCCUGUAUAUCGUUAUCGUUUCAACCAGCUCCCGGCUAACAGUUCGGAUCCAUCAGAAGGGAUCACAACAGGCACAGAAAUACCUUACGUGUUCUCCAAUCUCAUACCCGACGUUGCAUGGGAAAAGGCCCUAGCUGCAGAAAUGACGCAAGCCUGGGUUUCUUUUGCAUACGACUUGAAUCCGAAUCUUAAGGCAGGUACCGCGCUACCACUCUGGCCGAGUUACGGCACAAACAAAUCGAGUAUGGUGUUUAAUGCCUAUGGAUGCACAAUCGAACACGAUACCUACCGAUCUGAUCAAAUAUCCUAUAUCGUUGACCACGUCCUGCGCUAUGGUGCUAAAUGA